CCUUCCACCCCUCCCCCACCCAAACCACAGGACACACACACACACACACACACACACACACACACACAGUAUCUGAGCCUCUUUAGUUUAGUUUCUCUUUUACCGAGCAUCUUGUCGCAGAUCAUUUUCUCCAUCUGAAGGUGAAGGUAGAAAGUGUGUGUGAGCUGAUGUGGAUGUGAAUGGAGCAGCAUGAAUCAGAGUGAGGACAGAGAGGAGGGAGUCCCUCCCUCUAAAACCACUCUGUGUGGGGAACAUGAGAGCCAGACCAAAGCUCAGAGUCCAGAGCAGCAGCACUCACCACACUCUGCUGGACCUGGACCUGGACCUGGACCCAGCUGUGUGUCCAUGAAGAGCAACAAGUCAAUGGAUCGUCCUCAGAACUUUAGAAAGUCUGUUGAUGGAAGUUUCAGGAUCCAGCAGCAGAGACCAGACUCUCCUGAACCCAGCUGUCUGUCUUUAAAGAGUGACCGGUCAAAGAACUGGUUGAUUGAGUUUAAAGGCCGACGUCCAUCAGCUGAUCAGAUAGUGGACCAGGAGAGCUCAGAGGUUCCCAGUGGUCAGUCUGCCCAGCAGCAUCAAACACACCUGGACUCCAUAUUUAUGCUGCUGGAGAAGAACAUCGUCACUUUUGUGAAGAACGAGCUGAAGAAGAUCCAGAAGGUUCUGAGUCCAGAUUACCCAGAAUGCUUAGAGAGUCAGAGGGAGGAUGAGGAGGUGUUGGACGGUGAGGAUGAAGAGCAGAGGAGCAGCAGAGAGGAGUUUCUGAAGAUCACACUGAACUUCCUGAGGAGAAUGAAGCAGGAGGAGCUGGCUGACUGUCUGCAGAGCAGACACGUUGCUGCAGUUUGUCGACGUAAACUUAAAUCUAACCUGAAGAAGAAGUUCCAGUGUGUGUUUGAGGGGAUCUCUAAAGCAGGAAACCCAACCCUUCUGAAUCAGAUCUACACAGAGCUCUACAUCACAGAGGGAGGGACUGGAGAGGUCAAUGAUGAACAUGAGGUCAGACAGAUUGAAACAGCAUCCAGGAAACCAGACAGACCAGAAACAACCAUCAGACAAGAAGACAUCUUUAAAGCCUCACCUGGAAGAGAUGAACCAAUCAGAACAGUGAUGACAAAGGGAGUGGCUGGCAUUGGGAAAACAGUCUUAACACAGAAGUUCACUCUGGACUGGGCUGAAGACAAAGCCAACCAGGACAUACACUUCACAUUUCCAUUCACUUUCAGAGAGCUGAAUGUGCUGAAAGAGAAAAAGUUGAGCUUGGUGGAACUUGUUCAUCACUUCUUUACUGAAACCAAAGAAGCAGGAAUCUGCAGGUUUGAAGAGUUCCAGGUUGUGUUCAUCUUUGACGGUCUGGAUGAGUGUCGACUUCCUCUGGACUUCCACAACACUGAGAUCCUGACUGAUGUUACAGAGUCCACCUCAGUGGACGUGCUGCUGACAAACCUCAUCAGGGGGAAACUGCUUCCCUCUGCUCACCUCUGGAUAACCACACGACCUGCAGCAGCCAAUCAGAUCCCUCCUGAGUGUGUUGACAUGGUGACAGAGGUCAGAGGGUUCACUGACCCACAGAAGGAGGAGUACUUCAGGAAGAGGUUCAGAGAUGAGGAUCAGGCCAGCAGGAUCAUCUCCCACAUCAAGACCUCACGAAGCCUCCACAUCAUGUGCCACAUCCCAGUCUUCUGCUGGAUCACUGCUACAGUUCUGGAGGAUGUGUUUAAAACCAGAGAGGGAGGAGAGCUGCCCAAGACCCUGACUGAGAUGUACAUCCACUUCCUGGUGGUUCAGACCAAACUGAAGACCAUCAAGUAUGAUGGAGGAUCUGGGACAGAUCCACACUGGAGUCCAAAGAGCAGGAAGAUGAUUGAGUCUCUGGGAAAACUGGCUUUUGAGCAGCUGCAGAAAGGAAACCUGAUCUUCUAUGAAUCAGACCUGACAGAGUGUGGCAUCGAUAUCAGAGCAGCCUCAGUGUACUCAGGAGUGUUCACACAGAUCUUUAAAGAGGAGAGAGGACUGUACCAGGACAAGGUGUUCUGCUUCGUCCAUCUGAGUGUUCAGGAGUUUCUGGCUGCUCUUCAUGUCCAUCUGACCUUCAUCAACUCUGGAGUCAAUCUGCUGUCAGAAGAACAAACAACCUCCCUGUGGUCUAAACUGUUUAAAGACAAACCUGAACCAACACUUUUCUACCAGAGUGCUGUGGACAAGGCCUUACAGAGUCCAAAUGGACACCUGGACUUGUUCCUCCGCUUCCUCCUGGGCCUUUCACUGCAGACCAAUCAGAUUCUUCUACGAGGUCUGCUGACACAGACAGGAAGUGGCCGAUGGACCAAUCAGGAAACAGUCCAGUACAUCAAGAAGAAGGUUGUAGAGACUCCCUCUGCAGAGAAAAGCAUCAACCUGUUCCACUGUCUGAAUGAACUGAAUGAUCGUUCUCUAGUGGAGGAGAUCCAACAGUCCCUGAAUUCAGGACGUCUCUCCACAGAUAAACUGUCUCCUGCUCAAUGGUCAGCUCUGGUCUUCAUCUUACUGUCCUCAGAAAAAGAUCUGGACGUGUUUGACCUGAAGAAAUACUCUGCUUCAGAGGAGGCUCUUCUGAGGCUGCUGCCAGUGGUCAAAGCCUCUAACAAAGCUCUACUGAGUGGCUGUAACCUCUCAGAGAGAAGCUGUGAAGCUCUGUCCUCAGUUCUCAGCUCCCAGUCCUCUAGUCUGAGAGAUCUGGACCUGAGUAACAACAACCUGCAGGAUUCAGGAGUGAAGAUGUUGUCUGUUGGACUGGAGAGUCCACACUGUUCACUGGAGACUCUCAGACUGAGUGGCUGUAACCUCUCAGAGAGAAGCUGUGAAGCUCUGUCCUCAGUCCUCAGAUCCCAGUCCUCUAGUCUGAGAGAUCUGGACCUGAGUAACAACAACCUGCAGGAUUCAGGAGUGAAGAUGUUGUCUGUUGGACUGAAGAGUCCACACUGUUCACUGGAGACUCUCAGCCUGUCAGGUUGUCUGAUCACAGAGGAAGGCUGUGCUUCUCUGGUCUCAGCUCUGUGCUCCAACCCCUCCCAUCUGAGAGAGCUGGACCUGAGCUACAAUCAUCCAGGAGACUCAGGAGUGAAGCUGCUGUCUGCUGGACUGAAGGAUCCAGACUGGAGACUGGACACUCUCAGGGUGGAGCCUGGUGGAGUCCAGUGUUUGAGACCAGGUCCAUGGAGGUAUUCCUGUCAACUCACAAUCGACACAAACACAGUGAACACAAAACUCAAACUGUCUGACAACAACAGGAAGGUGACACGUGUGAGAGGGUAUCAGUCAUAUCCUGAUCAUCCAGACAGAUUUGAUCAGUGUCCUCAGCUGCUGUGUAGAACUGGUCUGACUGGUCGCUGUUACUGGGAGGUCGAGUGGAGAGGAGAGGUUUAUAUCUCAGUGAGUUACAGAGGAAUCAGAAGGAAAGGAGACAGAGACUGUUUGUUUGGAAUGAACGAUCAGUCCUGGAGACUGUUCUGUUCUGAUGUUGGUUACUCUGUCUGUCACAAUAAGACAGGUACAUCCAUUUCCUCCUCCUCCUCCUCCUCCUCCUCUGUCUCUAACAGAGUAGCAGUGUAUGUGGACUGUCCUGCUGGCUCUCUGUCCUUCUACAGAGUCUCCUCUGACUCUCUGAUCCACCUCCACACCUUCAACACCACAUUCACUGAACCUCUGUAUCCUGGGUUUACAGUCUGGUCUGGUUCCUCAGUGUCUCUGUGUUGAGUGUAGCAGAGAGAGUCUCCUCCUGUUAGAGAUCAGUCCAGUCCAGGAUCACAGCAGCUGAUGUUAUUUAGUACCAACCUGAUCUCUGGCUGGUUUUAACUGCAGAGUGUAAACCCAACAUGUUUUCCACAUGAUUGACAGUUUGACUGUAAAAUGAAUCAAAUGAACAGAGUCCAGUUGUUGUUGUUUUCUGACAGUAAAUGACUGGGAGGUUGAAAUCUCUAUCACUUAUUGUCCCAAAGGACAACAAUGAAACCAUUUGUACUGUACUCAGUAUUAAAGAACUAUUAGUGCAGACCACUUUAUAGAAAACUUUUAAAUUUAAUUCUGACUUGAUGUCAGGUUCAGCUUUGUACUGAGGCUGCAGCUGAAAUUAUUGUCAGGAUGAAGUUAAUAGUCAACACAACAGCAUUACAUUCAUUAUACGUCCUUACAUCUCGAAUUACAAAUUAGAUUUUCAGAAGAUUUAUCAACCCUGACUUCCCUUAAUAACCUGAAUUAAACCAGAGGAGGUUAAACUCUUGCUCUGCUCCUCCUGAGGCACUGCAGCGUUGCAACACUCCGCAACCUUACACGUAAAUGCAGCAUCGGAAAAUUCUCAUAUCUUGAGCACAGUUAUCUGAUCUGUCCAAGAAGCAUUGACAGGACACAUGUUAAUGAAAUAUAAAGAUUAUUGUGGAUGAUUUGCUGUUUUAUGAGUUGUCUGACCCCUACUGACCCCCGAUGUAACACCCUCUUCAACCCAAAAUUAGUGCGUAUAUGCAGGUUUUUUUAAACGCAGGUAAACCCACUAAGAAAAGACAAUUUCCACAAAUUCCCACAAAUAAUGUUUUUAACUUAAAUAGCACAAUCAGAAGCACAGGAGACGAGGUCUUCUCCUCAGUACGUGUUAAUGCAUCCAAUUUCCUUUUGUCGUCUCAGGACUUUUACAUUUGGGUGCUGCUGCUUCACCAGUUUCUUAAGGAAAACCCUACAAUCGUGGUACGUGCAAGACAGAGAAAUAUUAAUUAUCUAUUGACUGCAGGCUGUGUCACACUUGACAUGUGAUGUAUUUAUCUAAGUGCCCACUAGAUGGCAGUAAAGGUAUACUGUAUAGAAGCACUGUGUUGUGCACAACACUGGUUUCUAUAUAAACUGGCUGAGAGCCUUUCUGUUGUCAAGGGGCAUUUACUUCUUACUUACUCAAAGACUGAGGGUGGUAACCUGUUAUUUCCUGUUUUCAAAUUUUUUAAAACUAUAUUUAUUAGUUUUCUAUUUCUAUUUUUUAAAAUUUUCACUACAUUUUUUUAAAAAUCUCAAUUUAUAUUUGGUGCUGCUGUAACAAAGUAAUUUCCUGUCAAGGAUCAAUAAAGUAUUAUUCUAUUGUAUUCUA